AUGCCCAACGAAUCCCCCCAGAAGCGUUCUCUUGCGCUAUCACACGCCUCCAUGGCGAGCCCCAAGGAGAUGGAGCAGACUAUCCAUCGGCUCACCUACGAGCUAGAGAAUCUCAAGACGGAGAACCAGUUGUUGGUAACAAACGCCGAAGCUACGGAGUAUGACUGCGAGAACCGGAUCAAGGCGAUGGUUGGUGAAAAAACGGCGCUAGAAGCCAGCCAGAACGUGUUAUUCGAUAAGCACCAGGCCCUAGCCGCCCAGGUAGUGCGGUUGAAGGAUGAUUUAGCGGGCCUGCACGCGCGGUUGACAGAGGAGACUCUGAAUUUGCGGUUUGAGGUGCAGGCAUUGCAGGAGGAGAACGAAAACGUUGUUCGCACGAAGCAGGAUACCGAAACGAGACUAAAGAGACAGGCGAAUGAGCUUUCCAGUACGCUCACGUCGUUGCGUGAAGUCAAUGAGCUCCUAGAGACUGAGUUGCUGCUGAAGGUGGAGGAGAUCCGUAGACUCAAGCUGGAGCUUGCGGGUGUACAGCUGGUUGUGGCACCCGUGCCGAUCGUAACUGACACGACAGACUUUCUCGAGAAAGAGCUUUCCCAGCAGUUGGAGACGAUCAAGCAGUUCGAAGCACAGACCAAGCAGCAACAGGAACAUGUCAAAGCCCUUACCACGACAGUUCAGAGCUUGAGCUUGGUCAAAGAGGAGAAUCGGUCGUUGGAAGCCAAGUUACAGACCGAUAGGGACUUGGAGGGCCGCCUUCACGAGCUGGAGCUCCAGCGUCUCGAGCUCCAGAAACAGCUAGCAGGGUAUGGUGCCAGUGUCGGUGAUGGGCUCUUGACCGAAUACACUAAAGUGCGCAACGAGAAUCUUGUACUCAACGACCAGAUUCUCCAGUUGCGCUCCGAGUUGAAGCUCCACGAUAACGAGGUGGACCAAAUCAUGGGCAGAUUCACCGAGUUGGAGACGCUUGUGGACGAGUUGACGGCUAAAAAUGCCAAGUUGGACCGCCAGAAGGUGUUGUCUCUCAAGGAAAUCGAAUCGUUGCGCAAGCAGCUCAAGGAAAUUGAUGAGUUUGACACUACAGAGCAUAAGCUCUUGCAUCCGUCCCUGUCCGGCCCCGCCUAUAAGGUGCAGUUGCAACUGACCUUGGAGGACAUUGAGCAAAUCAGAUCUGAAAGUGAAAGAGUCCGAUCAGAAGCCAUAUCUGGGCAGAAGCGCCCACGCACCGAUUCCCCAGUCAACAGGUCCAGAGCGGAAAAAUUGGAGGUACGGAACCUGGCGUUAGAGAACGAAAAAAUACAGUUUCUCUCGCGGAACAAGGUGCUCCAAGAUGAAGUGGAGCGGUUGCGCAAACAACUAGCAUUGGCCACCGAGAUCCAGUCACACAAGCAGCAGCGCGUACUUGAAUUGAAGAGCAACCCGACGCGGAACCACCAGAUGGUGAAGCAGACCUUGCUAGACACCCUUACCCGCGAGAACAACCAGCUUCUCGCAAAGUUGCAGAACCAAAACAAGGAGAAUCCUGGCGUUGACCAUGUUCCCCGUGCGGUGUACGACCGCAAAAUCUUGGAGCAGACGCAGUUGGAACAGCAGGUAUCUGACCUGGAAAAGCGCCAAGUGCGGUUGAAGGAGGUAUUUAGCAAGAAAUCCCUCGAAUUUGUCAACACCAUCUCCGAGAUUUUGGGCUACAAAUUGGAGUUUUUGUCAUCCUCCAAGGUCAAGGUGUACUCUAAGUACAACGCCCAGCAGUACUUGACUAUAGACCCGUACAAAAAGACUUUGAAGAUCGGCAGCAAUGAUGAGGCAGACUUUGAAACUGAGGACGAGUUCGAGCGCCGCUGCAAUGGCUUGAUUAAGUACUGGGUCGGGGAGAAGGGUGAGAUUCCGUGCUUUCUCGCCGCGUUGAGCUUGGAGUUGUUUGAAAAGCGCGUGAGCUAG